UGUCUUUUUUGUCAAAAACAGAGUUGCCAGUAGUAUUUUUUCUUUUUCACUUUUUCAAAAAAUUAACCUUUUCUUACUCCUAUAUAAUGAGAUUUGGUCAGAGUGCCUCUGUAUAUUACUGGAUUCAUAAAAUACGGGAUUUUUACUGUAUUAGAAAUCACUAUUUUCAGUGAAAAUGGGAACACAGAUGGGUGGUUAGAAGAUCAAACUUGAAUUUGGCAACACCGCUCUUCCUUUACCAAGUUUCCAUUUGUUUGGACAAAGAUGGUCCAACGGUUAGUUUUCAGGCGACGGCUGUCGUAUAACACAAAAUCCAACAGGAGACGGAUAGUCCGCACUCCAGGUGGAAAGUUAGUCUAUCAAUACCUGAAGAAACCUAAGAAGAUCCCUAGAUGUGGCCAGUGCAAAGACAGGCUUAGGGGAAUCGUCCCUGCCAGGUCCCAUGAAAGGUCUCGCCUUUGCAGGAGGAAGAAGACUGUGAAAAGGGCAUAUGGAGGUGUGCUGUGUCACAAGUGUGUCAAAGAAAAGAUCAUUAGGGCUUUCCUUAUCGAGGAACAAAAGAUUGUUGUUAAAGUGCUCAAGGCACAACAAGCUGUAGGUAAAGCUAAGAAGUGACAUGGUUAAUAAAUAGUUUAUUAAAU